AUGGCGAGUUCGAAGGCCGUAGUAGGCAUCAUCUCGAUUGGUGAGAUGGGGCUAGGCAUAGCCAAGCUGCUCGUAGCAAGUGGUUACCGCGUCACUACCAACGUUACUGGUCGCAGUCAAGAUACACACGCCAGAGCAAAGUCAGCAUCGGUAGAACUGGUGUCUACAGAUGAAGAACUAGCAGCAACAUCAGACUACAUCAUCUCUAUCGUGCCACCACGAGACGCAGUGGCUACUGCGGAACGAAUCUCGAAGGUCAGCACGACCUCAACGUUUUCCAGGAGAGAGCGUCCCCUGUGGUUCCUCGACAUGAACGCGGUCUCCCCCAAAUUGAUCAGAAGUAUCAACGAGCUCUUCGAAACUGCUGGCGGUCGCAUCCGUUUCAUCGAUGGGGCUGUGAUAGGCAGUGCGCCAAGUUUGAAAGACGACCAGUCCGACUCAUCAAAAAUUGAAUCAUGGAAGAGACCCAGUAUUCCCAUGUCUGGACCCCAUCGACUGGAAGAUGCAGAACCCAGUGGAUCUCAUCUCGCCUCUAUCCUCGGCGCCCGACACAUCUCAGACGAUAUAGGCGCAGCCUCAGGACUGAAGAUGAGUUUCGCAUGUUUGACAAAGGGAUUCACAGGACUGGCUAUCCAAUCGUUCACCACUGCUCAUCGCCUUGGUGUUUUACCCGAAUUGCAGGAACAUCUACAACAAUACAGUCCAAAGACGUUUGACUUGGCCAAUGCUUCAAUGCCUCGAAUGCCACCUAAAGCUUACCGUUGGGUACGAGAGAUGGAGGAGAUCGAAGCUACUCUGGCAGAAGAUGGCGGAUUUGAAGGUGAAGAGUCAAUAUUUGGAGGCAUUGCUAGGACAUAUGACUUGGUUGCUCAUGGCACGGAUUUGGGCAAUGAAAAGACCGAAAGGAGGAACAGAGGAAAGACAGCGGAAGACGUGGCGGUCCUGAUGAGCGAAGGCAUCGAUAGACGGAAGCAGAAGAUGGAUUAG